AUGGCCUUUCCCCUCCCGCGGGGCAUCACGCCCCCGGAGAUCUCCUUCCUCGCGGAGAUGGAGAUGGUCACUAUUUUGCCUCGUCAGCGACUCGAGGGGCUUGAAUUACUAGGAGGCCCCGUCUCCCCCCUCCUCCCACCCCGACGCACCUCCCUCCCACUCUGGCUCGCCCUCCUCCUCAAACGCCAACGCCGCGCCAACAUCCUCCCCCCGCCCUGGCUCCACCCCGAAUCUCUCGAACUCAUCCUUGAGAUCGAGACCCAAAACGACGAAUACCAGCACGCUUUCUCCCCGCCGCCUCCACUGCCCGGCCAGCCCGCCCCAGGCGAUCACCGUCGCGCUCCGCUCGCGACACCGCGCUACACCCCCUCCGGCGAGAAAUACUACCCUGCGCCGCCUUUCUUGCCUCAAAAUACAGCACGCGAUCAUAUCCCGCCGGGGGAGCCGCCGGCACUACCGUUCCAUUGGUUGGAGGUAGGGACGAUGUUGCUGGAGGCGGCGAGCGAUGAUCUAGUGGACCCGGAUCAGACGAGACGACUGCUGAAGGAGCUGAGAGAGGUACGGAUGGCGAAGGUUAGGGCUGGUGUGGAUGUUUUGGAUGCGGCGGCUAUGGGUGGUGGGGGUGUUGCGUUGACGGGUGUGGGAGCUAUGGAGUUGGGAGAGGGGAGGAGAUUCAUCGCGGGGGUGGUGGAUGAACUGAGGUAA